AGCUAUAGAGGGCGUGACUUCUUCCAUCCAGAUUUCAUUCAUUCGUUAGGGUUCAGGCUUUGGGAAUCAUGCCGCUCUGCUGCUGCAUGCUUCCGUCAAAGAUCCGUCGUUUUUCGUGUUGAAGCGACGAGAAUUCAAGAAGAGAUGUCGGAUUCACCCGUAGCGGUAGCGGCAGUGAAUGCAGAAGGUAGCAAGGACGGCAAAGAGACCAUGAAUGACAAGAGUGACAAGAAGGACAAGGAGAAGAGAGUAGGUGGAUCCGGUGGCGAAGAAAAGGAGAAGACGAAAGAGUCCAACACGAAGAAGCGCAAACUCCAAGACAGCAGCAAGAGCAGCAGCAAGAAACCUUCCAAAGUGAAGAAGAAACCCAAUUUGGCGCUUCUUCCCUUUGGCUUUGUUCCUCCUCCGCCCAUGGCCAUGAUGAUGCAAUUCCAGAUGCAGGCACAGUCGCAACAAGCCGCGAUGCAAGCCGCCCAAAUGCAGAUGCAAGCCCAAAUGGCAGCAGCUCAAAUGCAGGCUGCUUCGGUGGCCGUACAAGCUCAAAUAGCCGCACAGUCUCAAGUGGCCCAAAUGCAAGCUCAGUUGCACAUGCAGCAGCAAUCUCCCAAAGGCAACACCAACACCAACACCAACACCAACACCAACCAAUCCAAUAGUACCACAAAACCAACCAAGAAAAAGAAACAACAGUCCCCGCAUAAUAAGAAACCUGAAACCAAGAAAAAGAAAUCACCUCCACAAGCCAAAAAGAAACCUGGCCAUGCCACCGCCAGUACGAAUAAAAAGCCACCACCUCUCGUGGAACCUCACACGACGAUGCUGUUUGGCCCACAAGCCAUGCUGACACGCCAGGAACACGAACAGAUCCUGGCAGCGGAACGAACCCGACAUUACAACGAAUUGGAAGUCUUGCGCAUGAAACUACAAGAGGGCGAAUCCUCCUCCUCCAAGCGCAAGAAGUCUCCUACACCCAAGAAACUCUUGCAAGAACAAGAGCGAUCGCGCAAAAAACUGGUACGAAUCGAAGCCAAACUCAUCAAGGAACAACAAGCCCAUGCCAAAACCAAACGAAAAUUGGAAGCACUCUUGAAAAAGCAAGACAGAAAGAAGAAGAAUGGGAAUGACAAAUAAUAAAUACAAUACGUACAGUAGUCUAGAUGUACAGGAUAUCUCAAUGGUGGUAGCAAUAAUGCAAACAGUAUAGCUACCUCAAUUGUCAUAGAAUGACAGUGAAGUGGGGUAAUGAAAAGCCGCA